AUGAGCCGUAUACAGAGUGUGUCAAGUGAUGCAUUUGAAAACGACUCCGAUAUGGAUUUAGAGCCAAAUGACGAUUCUGAUUUUCAAGUCAAAUCCUCUAAAAAAAAUGAAAAAUCCAAGUUAAAACGUGCAUUACUUCUCUCGUCAAGCUCCACCUCACCGAAAACGUCAAAAAAAAACAACAGGUCCAGUUUGUUACAGAAAAUAGGUUUGCUCCUAUCUCACCUGCUACUACAGCUUCCGAACUCACUUCAAACCACUCAGCUCCAACUCAACCAACGUCAUACAAUACUGAAACUGACGAAGUCCAACAAAUCCCAGCACCUCCACCUAUUUUUGUCAGCAACAUUAAAAAUUUUAUCAAGCUGCGCACGGACCUUAUUGAUCUGA